GCUUGACGUCAUCGCACUGACGUCGUCCCCAGCCUGCCUGCCCAGCAAAGGGGAACCGGGAGCGCUCACGCAGCUGCCGCACUACUCAAUACAUCACGUCGGGGUGGGAGACCAGAGCUCCGCGCUGGCGGACAGCCCAGCUCUCGGUGUUGUUUACCCCUCCACUGUCCUCUCACUUUUCUCAGGGCCUGAAGAGACUAAAAUGUCGCCUGUACGGACGAUAGAAUCCCACCAGCUAGCUGUGCAGCGCUGCUGAGAGCGCCGUGUCCGAGCCCUGCGGAAACCACACGGAAGAAAAGAAAAACACUUUGUGGGGAGGGAGAGCGCCGCACGCCGAGACCAUGGUCAUGGCGGAGAGAGGUAGAGGCCAGAUUCGCGUUGGCUUCUACGACAUCGAGAAGACCAUAGGCAAGGGGAACUUUGCCGUCGUCAAACUGGCCAAACAUCGGGUCACUAAAUCGGAGGUUGCCAUCAAAAUCAUCGACAAGACUCAGCUCGAUGACGCCAAUCUUGAGAAGGUGUACAGAGAGGUGCAGAUUAUGAAGCUUCUCAACCAUCCUAACAUCAUCAAGCUGUACCAGGUGAUGGAGACAAAAGACAUGAUCUACCUUGUCACGGAGUAUGCCAGCAAUGGGGAAAUAUUUGACUACUUGGCCAAUCACGGAAGGAUGAGCGAAAGUGAGGCAAGGAGGAAGUUCUGGCAGAUCAUAUCAGCGGUGGAGUACUGUCACAAUCGUCAUGUCGUUCAUCGCGAUCUCAAGGCAGAGAACCUCUUACUGGACAGCAACAUGAACAUCAAAAUUGCUGAUUUUGGGUUCAGCAACUACUUCACCCCCGGGCAGCCCCUGAUGACCUGGUGUGGGAGCCCCCCCUAUGCUGCGCCGGAGGUAUUCGAAGGGCAGAAGUACUACGGACCAGAGCUGGAUGUUUGGAGUCUGGGCGUGGUGCUGUACGUCCUGGUGUGCGGAGCCUUGCCAUUCAAUGCUGACACCUUACCUGCCCUCAGGGAGAGGGUACUGGCAGGGCGAUUCCGCAUCCCAUACUUCAUGUCAAGUGAGUGUGAGCAACUGAUUCGCAGGAUGCUGGUUCUGGAUCCCAGCAAGCGCUACAGCAUCGAGCAAAUCAAGAAUCACAAAUGGAUGCUGGAAGACGGCCAGGUGCCCCGCAGGCCGCUGUCGAGCCCACUUCCUCAGGUGGAGGACUGCGGACUGGGACAGUACAACGAACAGGUCAUCAGGCUGAUGCAUACCCUUGGCAUCAAUCCACAAAAGACUCGUGAGUCCCUUGAUAGCAAAGCUUACGACCACUUUGCUGCCAUCUACCACCUGCUUGUUGAUCGUUUGAAGUACCAUCGCAGCAGUUUCCCACUAGAAAACCGCGCAGACUCUCGAGGCCGCAGGCCAAGUAGCAUUGCCGAACAGGCGCUGUUGAAGGCCAGUGGCUUCAGCAGUGGGAACGCCAUGACAAAUUCUGUCCCUCCAUUUGUGAAACCAUCAUUCCAAUUGACUGUGGAUGAUUCCCAGAGAACAACUCAGUCCUACAACCAGUUUGUUCUGAAUGGAGUUGAAGAUGUGCCGACGCCUGAGGUGAAAGGGUGCUGCCUCGAUGUCAUCCCUCACCCCCAGGUCAGGAAGGUUCGCUCGGCCUCGCCAAGUCGUAUGAUGGAGUCCCUCGACGAGGAUGUGGAGGCGGACAUUAGUGAGCAUGCCGACAUCUCGGGGAUGUCCGCUAUCAAUAUGCCGUGCAAUUCUCAGAGAAGGCACACGCUAGCCGAUCCAAUAGAAGGACCGCUGUUGCCGCCCAGCCUGAUCCCGUGCAAUACAUUUGUAAAUGACCAAGGAACUGAGGACAGAAUGCCUUGUGGCCAGGAAAAUUUCCAAUUAGACUCUUUACCUGCUGGGUAUGCAGACGAGGUGGAAAACAUGGAACCUUGCAUAAACCACGUCCAUGAUGACCGAUCGGCAAUGACAAGUUGUUUGUACGAUACAGAAAAGAGUAGUUCAAACCGUGCUUCUCCUGUAAAUUUCCGAGAGGGUAGGCGUGCGUCAGAUGGAUCUCUCACUAAGGGCAUUGUGGCAUUCCGCCAACACUUGAAGGACCUUGCCAAAGUCAAAGGUAUGGUGCAGCUGCACAAAGAGCAUCAGGUCCUUCAGGAGAUGUGUAACAGGACAGUGUCAGACUGUGAUGCCCAGGACGCUAGUGAACUGCCAUCUUGUCGGUUCCAAGAGGCAAGACUCAGAGCAAAUCGGCCUUUCUCCCCACUAGUGGUGCCAAACCAGCCACCGAGCACACCCAACACCUCUCCACUGACACGUAGACAAUUUCCAGUCAACAAGCCAGCAGAUCAGCCCACACCGAGACUCAUGAAACAUGCAACUCUCCACGCAGAUCCCGACUUUGACCACAGAUUUGAUGAACUCCCAGAACAGAUUCUGGCACUGGAACCAUCACAGAAGUUUAAGUUGGUGGAGAAUUCUGGCCCUUAUCAAGCAGAUCUGAAAAUGACAUUGGAACAGCAGUUGCUGCAGCACAAGCUUCACCAGAAGAGGCAGAUGUUGCAGAAACAGUCCCAACUCAACAUGCAGUUCCAGAGAAUGCAGAUCAGGCCAUCCGACACGCAGACGCAGCUUGAUAGCCAGCAGAACCCCCUACAGCUACAGUGUCAGCUUCGCCAGCAGCAGCUCCAACACCUGCAGCAACAACAGCAGCAUAUCCGCCAACAGCAGCUGCAGGACCACCUGCAGCAGCAGCAGCUUCAGCAGCUGCAGGUUCAGCAGCUGCAACAACAGCAGCAGCAGCAGCUACAACAGCUGCAACAGCAGCAGCUGCAACAGCAACAGCAGCAGCUACAACAACAGCAGCAGCAGCUACAACAACAACAGCAGCAGCAGCUGCAACAACAACAACAGCAGCUGCAACGGCAACAACAACAACAGCUGCAGCAACAACUUUGUCAACAACAGAUGGCACAGCUACGACGCCAACAGCCUUGUGGGCAGAUGCAUCACGCCACAGCAGAGAACAGCAUGCAGACAGCUGGGUCAUCAGCAGCCAACAGAGGCCAUAUGAUCCGGCAGACAUCCUACAAACUAGCACAGCAGCACCCUGUCACAUUGCCUGAUGCAGCUGCAAAUGAGCAGAUGAACUACAAUCACAUAUCCAGCCAGCCAGAGAUGCUGCCCCUCAUCCCCCAACUGAGCAUCGACGAGGUGGAUGCCGAAUGUGAGAGCAUGGACACAUCAGACUCUCUCAACUUACAGUCAGGGAACUCCAUCUUGGCUUGUUAGGAGAGGACUGUCCUGUCCAUGUGAAUGAACAGCGUAAAAUGGUGUUAUAGACAGGGACCAGUUGUGAUUAUAGCUUGGUGCUGUAUGGACGGCCCAUGAUGAAGUUUGCAAUAAAAUGGAAAACAAUGGGGCAAAGAUUUAGGAUUGAAAAUACAGCUGCUGCCAAGUCACAGAAGGGCGUUAUUUGGCAUGUGCCUUGCAGUGGGAAGCCAUUGGAAUAGUUUGGUCAUCACUGUGUGAUAAAAAAUAAUUUUGUGAACUCUGUUUCUUGUUUCCAGUCUGGGAAGGAUUAAGAUUUCAUGGCUCCCUUUGUCCACUGUGUACCAGUUAUGUCCAGUUUGUGCCCAUAUUGUGAUUUAUUUUGGUAUAUGAAUGGUACUUAAAUUUUUGUCAUAGGUCCUAUCAUUGCAAGUUGAUUGUCACCCUACAUGUGAAUAAUUGUGACAUUAUCUCAACCUUUCUGUAUAUGCUCUUGUUUCUGUUUUUCUUCACUUCUUUGACUUCUUACACUGUGUUACUGUCAAAUGUGUCCAGAAGCUGGCAUUCCUAAUCAAAGGUCCCUGUCAUGUUUUAGGCAAAUGUUACAUGAUGUGCAAAGAAGAAUGUUGCCAAUAUCCAAGGAGAUGACAGUUUGUAAAGAGAAAGUGACAAACCCAAUGCAUUCAUCAGAUUUGUAAUUAGACUGUGAACUCCUUAUCAUGAAUGUUCCUUCCUUCUAGAUCAAGAUGAAGAUUUAGAAAGUUCUUGUCUAGUGUAAAUAUAUAUAUAUAUAUUGGUGUAAAGUUUAUCUGUAGUAGGGCUACAGUGGCUAGCUUGAGCUACAGUGAGAGUGUAUGGAAAGUGGUGCCAUCCACGAGUGCCACAGUCGUAUCACCAAGUACAAAAUAUAUCUAGAGCCUAUUUUCAACCCUCCAUGUCCGUAGGAAGACUGAAGGAAUGAAAAAGGACAUCUAUUUUCCUUAGAGAACUACAAUGUAUUUUGUACUGUAUGUGGACUUCCUUGCAGCAUAAGCCAGGUAUUGUUGACUGUUGUUUUGAGAAGAAAUGUUCUGUUUGGGGUCAAGAACUGUGUCAUAGAAUGUAAAUAUGUAUCUAUAGAAAGUUUCUUUUUUGUAAAUAGGUGUGAAGGUGUUAUUGUACAUAUAGGCAGAUAUGUGCUGUUGUUAUUUUUACACAAGUGACAAUACUAGUGAAACACUUAAAACUCCUUCAACAUUUAAAGGACCAAAAGGAAAUGUAACUUCACAUGGUGCAGUGACGUGGAAGAAAUGGCACUGGUUCAAAAUCACUGCCUGUUAGGCAGAAUUGUUGAAAUACUUAAAGAAUACCAUGUUGGACAUUUACCAAAAAAGACUGUGAUGUACGGAUUUGCCUUCUGUGAUUAUAACCAAGGCAGCGGAACAGUAGAGGAUAGACGUGAACCUGUUAGAAUUUAUCUCAAAGGAAACUUAGAGUAGUGGACUAGAGCGAAGCUAGAGAGAAGAACAGACAACACCUCCCCAAAGUGCAUAUCAAAGUUUGUGCAUCAUUUAUUUAUUGUUGUAAAAGUUCCUGACUAGUGGAAAAAGGGAUUACUGUGUAAGGAAUGAUUCGUCCCUUGUUAAUGGUGGUAACCCUGUAGGGUUCAUGUGUUAAAGCACUGGACAUGGUGUGCCUACCAGUCCAGUGGGUUGAUCAUGCUCAAGAGCAUUAAAGGACAAUCUGAACAUA